GCAAGGAAGAAGGUUUCUCUGCAUUACAGCUUGUGUACGGAAGGAAGGAAAACGCAGCAAGCAGGCCAGCAAGCUGUGGUUUCCACGGCACAGAAACAGCAAGGAACUCUGUAACGGGAUGGAGCCAUAGCUUAGUGGCAGAACACAUGCUUUGCUUGCAGAAGGUCCCAGGUUCAACCUCCGGUUAUAGCUAUCAGGCUGGGAAAGGCCUCUCUCUACCCAAGAUCCUGCGGAGCUGUUGCCGAUCAGAGCAGUCACUACUGGGCUAGGCGGAUCAAUGACCUGACUCAGUAGAAGGCAGCUUCACAUGUUCACCAGGAAUAUCCAUAUAGCACAGUGGUGUGGCAUCUGCUUUACCUGGCAGCAUCUCCAGCACAGAAAAAAUGAAAUUGUAUCAGAAGCUGACGACAGAUGUCCCCCAGAUCACAGAGGCUGGCGAGGAGGCCGCCGACGGGAAACCGCUGUGCCAUCAGAAGGUGUCCACUUGGUGGCUGGGCGGAGGUCUCCUGAUGGUGGCUGCCCUGCUCAGCGGGGUGACCGUGUGGGUUCUUGGGCAGAUCUGGUGGGGUCAGCACGGAGUCCCUCCGCUGGCCAAGUGCCUCUCCAUUGCCCAAGACCUGCGCUUUGACUGCUACCCGGAGAGGGCCAUGGUGGUGACGCAAGAACUUUGCGAGAGCCGGGGGUGCUGCUUUGUCGAGAGCGACCGGCCCUCGGGCAGCGCGAAAGGGGUGCCGUGGUGCUUUUACCCCCCUGACUUCCCCAGCUAUGCCUUGGGGAGUGUGAAUGAGACGGAUCUAGGGGUGGUGGGUUUCCUGACCAGGAAGACCAAGGCCUAUUAUCCGCGAGAUAUCGAGAAGCUGCAGCUCAGCGUGGAGUACGAGACGGAUACCCGGUUGCAUGUCAAGAUCACCGAUGCCAGAAGUCCUCGGUACGAAGUACCCCUCGAGGUUCCUCGGGUGACAAAGAAAGCGGAGAAUCCUGCCUACGCCGUGGAGUUCUCCAAGGAGCCCUUUGGGCUGAUAGUUACACGCCGAGCUUCCGGGACAGUUCUGUUGAACACCACAGUGGCUCCCUUCUUCUUUGCAGACCAGUUUCUCCAGAUUUCUACUGUCCUCCCAUCAAAAUUCCUUUAUGGCCUUGGAGAACAUCGGAGCAACUUCCUACACGAUCUGGAGUGGAAUACCCUGACGUUCUGGGCACGGGAUGUUCCUCCUACGGAGUCCUACAAUCUGUAUGGCGUUCACCCAUUUUACUUGCUCAUGGAGAAUGACGGAGCUGCCCAUGGGGUUUUCCUCUUGAACAGUAAUGCAAUGGAGGUGGCACUACAGCCAGCACCUGCCCUUACUUGGAGAACCAUUGGAGGAGUUCUGGAUUUUUACAUCUUUUUGGGACCAGACCCCAACUUGGUGGUCCAGCAGUACCAGCAGGUAAUCGGUUUUCCAGCCAUGCCCCCUUUCUGGGGCCUGGGCUUCCACCUUUGCCGCUGGGGCUAUGGGACCAGUAACGAGACCUGGCAGACGGUUAAGGCCAUGAGGAAUUUCCAGAUCCCCCAGGAUGCCCAGUGGAAUGACAUUGACUACAUGGACGGCUACAGAGACUUCACCAUGGACUCCCAGAAGUUUGCCACUCUCCCGCAGCUGGUGGAAGAUCUUCAUAAGCACGGACAGUACUACGUCAUGAUUCUGGACCCUGGGAUCAGUAGCACUCAUCCUCCUGGUUCCUAUUGGCCGUAUGAUGAAGGCUUGAAGCGUGGCAUCUUCAUCAACACCACCCAAGGGAAAACGCUAAUAGGGCAGGUAUGGCCUGGCCUCACUGCUUUCCCAGACUUUUCGAACCCAAACACCCAUCAGUGGUGGCUGGAGAACCUGAACCAUUUCCAUUCUCUUGUUCCCUUCGACGGCCUUUGGAUUGACAUGAAUGAGCCAUCUAACUUCAUGGAUGGUUCGGUAGAAGGCUGUCUCCAAGGGGAACUGGACCACCCGCCUUACGUGCCUGCCAUCCUGGGAAGCUCCCUGUCUGCCAAGACCAUCUGUGCCUCAGCCAGGCAGUGCACGUCUAUGCACUACAACCUACACAACCUCUAUGGGCUGAUGGAAGCCAAAGCUACCGCUAGCGCUCUGAUCACCCUCCGGGGGAAGCGGCCCUUUGUCAUCUCCCGUUCCACCUUCCCGAGCCAAGGCAAAUAUUCCGGACACUGGCUGGGCGACAACAGGAGUGAGUGGAAGGACAUGGUCUGGUCCAUCCCAGGCCUGCUGAGCUUCAGCCUCUUUGGGAUCCCGCUGGUCGGUGCGGACAUUUGUGGGUUCUCGGGCUCCACCUCCGAGGAGCUCUGCACACGCUGGAUGCAGCUGGGAGCCUUCUACCCCUUUGCGCGCAACCACAACACCCAGAACGAGAAGGCUCAGGACCCCACGGCUUUCAGCCCCAAAGCACGGACGGCCAUGAAAGAGGUGCUGCAGACCCGCUACAGCCUGCUACCGUUCCUUUACUCCCUCUUCCAUCGGGCUCACCUACAAGGCGACACAGUGGCGCGGCCCCUCUUUUUUGAGUACCCAAAGGACGUGGCCACUUACGCCAUAGACAAGCAGUUCCUGUGGGGGCGGGGCCUGCUGGUGACCCCAGUGCUGGAGGCUGGCGCCGAUUCGGUGAGCGGCUACUUCCCGAGAGGCGUGUGGUACGACUUCUACACGGGCUCUUCGGUGAACAGCAGCGGGGAGACCCUGAAAAUGGCAGCCCCUCUGGACCACAUCAACGUGCAUGUCCGCGAGGGGACCAUCCUUCCCACUCAGAAACCCGGGACCAGCUCUUGGGUCAGCAGCAGGAACCCCCUGCGCCUGAUCGCGGCCUUGUCGCAGAAUGCCAACGCCUGGGGAGACCUUUACUGGGACGACGGCGAGAGCCUGGACACCUUUGCCAAGGGCGACUAUUCGUACCUGGUGUUCAACGUCACCCAGAAUACUUUCAUUUCCACUGUCCUGCAUUCCAACGCACAAGCCACCUCCGUCGCCGUGGACAUGCUGACCGUCUACGGAGUCCAGAAAGAGCCACAGACUGUCGCUGUCAAUGGCAAAGAGACGCCAUUCGCUUAUCUGCCAAACCAGGUUCUCACCGUGAGCGAUCUCCGGCUCAACCUCAGCCAGGGUUUCUACAUACGAUGGAUGUGAUUGCUAAUAAAGUUUCCUCCGCCCCAACCGGAUGAAUGUCCUCUGGCGAGCAGAAUCGUCUGUUGCGUGUGCCCAUGCGGGGCCUCCCGAUGGGAUUGCCACACGGAGGGUCUGUAUGACUGCACCUCCUCUGCCAAGGUUCACCUCCGCCUCCUCCUGGCAUCUACUUGGGGAGGAACCCGUGGCUUCAUCACCGCUGCUCCCACUCGUUUACAUUUCCACCCCGAUUCGCCCGUAUCGCCUCUAUGCUUGCCUCGGUGGGAGUCGUGCUUGCACGUCGCCAGACAUCCCACAAUCUACCUUGCCUGUCGGGAGAAUGUUCUGAGGUUUUGUCAGGAAAGCCUCGAUCCCUGGGCUAGACCUCCUGAGGUGCAAGAUGUUCCUAAUGCCGCCCUGGAUUGCUGGGUGCUGGGGUCUCCAGCCAAACUCUCCCCCUCACUCAGUGGUAAGACACAUGUUUAUGCAUGCACGCCGUCCCACAUCCAGCCCCUGGCAUCUCCAAUGGCAAGGCUGAGAAAAGGCCUUAAGGCUCUGUGGAUUCUCCAUCCGACGGUCCUGGGAGAAAUGGGCCAUCCGCCUCGAAGUGGCUGAACCUGGAUCCUCAAGUGCGAUGGGGAUUAACUAAGCCAGAGUCCUUGCUGUCCGCGACUGGAACUAGAGCUGUCCCGAACAGAAACCGAAGACACGACUCUGGUGGCCAGGUCGAAGGCCCCGCUCCUAGCGUUUGUACCCGACCUGCCCAAUCCGGAGGCUUCGUGCUGCCUGCCAAUCAGAGGAGCUGAUGUUGCAUUUUGCAGUUCCUUGGUGCGCCUGUAGAGGGCUCUGAGGUCGGGGUAGGUAUGGUAGAUCACCCGGUUAAGCCCCUCUCUCAGAUCCUGAAGUUCUCCAUUCAGACCCUCAAUUUCCAGAUGCGGCUCCUUCUACAUUGAUUGGGCAUCAAAGAUGAAUGCCACAUUUGCCUGGGGCCUUGGUCAAACCCACAAGGCCACCUGGGUCGGUGCGGUUUUUCACCCUGUAAAACUUCUGCCUUUGCUCACGGCCAGUUAUUUGAACAAGUUGCUGGUUGUGCUCUGAAGUUCCUUUCCAGCACUAUCAGUCCUGCCAGCCCAGCUUCCGCUCAUGAGAUGCCGUGCCCUCAAGUCACGAGGAGCUCCAGUGCUCUGUGUGCCAUUGUCACAUGACACACACACACUUAUCCAGGGCUGGCUUGGGGCAUUUGUCCUCGCUGGAGGGGCUGCAUUGCAUUGCAUGAUGGGAGGUUUUGCGGGGACAUAAUUCUGUUAUGCACAGUGCCAGCUCUUUGGGGUAGGAAGUUGGUCUUUCUAGCAAGCACCAAUUGUCCCUUUUCUUAAGCAGGGUCCGCCCUGGAUUGGUGACUGUCUACAUAUGGACAGAGUCUGCUGUAACAUAUUCCCCUUAGGGGAUGUGGCCAUCGCUCAGUGGGAGAGCAUCUGUUUGCAUGUGCAGAAGGUCCUAGGUUCAAUCCCUGGCAGCAUCUCCAGUAGGUCUGGGAGGAGAGACUCCUGCCUGCAACCUCGGAGAGCUGCUGCCAGUCAGUGUAGACAACGCUGAGCUAGAUGGACCAAUGGCCUGACUCUGUAUAAGGCAGGUUUCAGUGUCCCUAAACAUGCAUGCUACCAUGUCAGUGUCCUGCUUGGGUUGCCUAGUAGGACAUCUUCCGCCCAGCUCUAAACUCGCCCUCAGCGUGAAUGUCUACUCCAAGUCAAUUGCACUACUUUCCCCCCCUUUUCAUUUUCUAUGCCCACUUGAGGCCGCCCCUCUCUCCCAGACGCUAGGACAGGGGUCCAGCAAUUCCUAGUGGUUCCACAUGAUGCAGAUUUAAAUGGCGGCAUAGACGUUAACUGCACAUGGUGUACGAAGGUACCGCCUCUUCCUGGGCCCUUGGCGAAUCAAUUUCCUUGGGAGGCUCCCGACUCACCCCACUGGCCAGUCUAGUCUGAGCUGGGGGUGCCAGCCAGUGUCUCCUCCAACAGGGAUUCCCAGACGUUGUGGACUACAGCUCCCAGAAUCCCCAGCUGCAAUGGCUUUUGCUUGGGGAUUCUGGGAGUUGUAGUCCACAACGUCUGGGAAUCCCUGUUAGAGGGACCACUGGUGCCAGUUGCUGCCCCUUCUCUGUCUCAUUGGGCUGAGUCAUGCCUGGCUUGGGAUGCCUGCUCGAGAGAGGGAUUCUCCCCACACACCGACUGCCUUUGGGCUGCUCCCAGACUGUCCCAUUUCCCUCUUAUGUGAUGCUUCGCCAUAGCUUGCCUUUCAGUCCGUCCUGUCCCCUUGCCUUUCCCGAAGCCGCGUUACAGUGGCUUGCUGCUUUGGAAACAGCACUAAUGAGGGUUGUCAAAUGAGUUUUCGGUUGGGCAAUCUGCCUUUUAACCGAUCCAGUUUAAAGAUAUUUCGAUUGGAUGGAAACCUUCACCGAGGCCCCUUCCUAAGCUCACGGAAGAGAGAACGGCUGCUUUGAAUGCCAAAAUCUACCCUUUCGUUGUCAGCAGGAAAAGACCAUCUUUAAUAUUUUCUUUUCCUUCAUUCUGCCUUACAGUCACAGUCGUAAGCCAAAAAUAAGGAAGUUUGCCCUUCGUUUUGAAGCCCACCGAUAAACAUUUGCCACCCUCUGGUCCUGUUGCUUCUGGCUCUAACCUGGACGCAUUGUCUGCCUUGCUUAAUUUGGUCCCAAGACUCCUGCCAGCAUAAUUGAAGCACAGGAUUGCAUUAUGAGAGCCUCGGCACGCUCACCUGGGAGUCAGCCCCAUUGCAGUAAGGCUUGCUUCUAAGCAAAUGUGCAUUGUGCUGUAAGCCUUUCAUGCAGGGUUUCUCAACCUUGGGACCCCAGACGUUGUUGGACUGAAGGCUGCUGUGGCUGGGGGUGAUGGGAGUUGUAGUCCAGCAACAUUUGGGACCCAAGGCCGAGAACCCCCCUGCUUUUGUUGAGCAAUCUACUGCUAAAGGCUGCAAACGUCGACAUGUUUGAUAGGGAAGUGAGAAAGCCCAGCUGAACACAGUUAGACUUACUUCCAAGGAAAUGUGCACAGGAUUUAGGGUUGCCAAAUGUCUCUCAUUACGCGGGACAUCCCUCAUUUCAGGGAUGAAAUUUUGGUCCCUAUAGGGACAGUAUUUGUCCCUCGUUUUGGUAGCGGGGCGAGCAGCUUCUUAUUUUGAGAAGGUUUUGGUUAAAAAGUGGUACAACUUGAAUAUGUUCUAGAUGAGAACAAUGCUGGCACUGUUCAAAAGCGUAUAAUUCAGUUAUAUAUGUCAGUGAUACUCAGGCUCUUGAUUACUACUGCAUACACCUGGUGCCCCCCCCCCAGCCAGCCCCCCCAAACUUGUGCCCCUCAUUCUGGCAAUGAAAUAUUGGCAACCCUAACAGUAUUCCUUCACAGCCCUGGCAUUCACAAGGGCCUCUUACAACAAGCCUCUCACCGGCAGCUUCCAAAGCUAGAAUGAAACUUGGUACUUGUUGCGAUGGGCCAGUAUUUUUGCACACGUAUACCCGAAAGUGGUGGGAUCAGCAGGAACGUCAAUGCCAUGAGAGGGGCACACGAUAUCCGGGAGCUUUUUCUACUCGUGACCGUUCUGCUCUCUCUCGUUCACAGUGGGGUCCCUUCCUGGAUUGGGCUGAGCUGCCAUUUUGGCCCCACUGGCCUUUGGGGUCAUCGUGGGUUGUAGCAAGCCGAGUGGGGAAACGCCCAGUGAGGCUGCUCGUGACAGAACUUGGCUGCCGUGAGCUUUUCAGAUGCCUCUGUGCGGUAGGAUUUGUCGGGGAAGGAAGGUGGAUUUGUGCCUCUUUGGGAUUUCUAUAAAUAUGCGUCUGCUUGAUUGUCCGCUCCUGCCCUUGAGGAUUGUGUGUCAAAAGUACAAUAAAAUCCAAAGUUGAAACUGAA